AACGCGGUUAGUUUUUCGGAAGUCGCGUCACGUCGGAGGAAGUUAGUGGUCGCGCCUCCUAUCUAAUAUAGUGAUAUCUGAUACGAUACUCCAAACCUGUGCCACGUGAAUGCCUAUAGCAAGCCACAUUAAAGUACUUACUAGGGUCCCUCAAUUCUUCUUCGAACAUCAUUUUUUCACCAGUGUGGCCUCACGUCGUCUUUGCCUCCAAAUUGCCACGAGUACGUCCUUCAGACUACUCAAGAUGGCACCCAAGCAGGCUACCUUGGGGAAGUUCUUCGGUCAACCAAAUGGCCCAAAGCCUGCUCCUCAGCAGACGAAGCUUUCGUUCAGUACGAAGUCGGCCAAGAAGACGAAUGACGAGCCAGAAUCUGCCCCGGAUGCACGUGAAUCGCCGUCACCAAAAUCAAAGUCUGAGGCCAAUGUGAAAGAGGAUAGUGAUCCUCCAAAAGAUACGAAGAAGCGAUCUCGAACACCCUCUUCCCCGAAGAACAAAAAGAAACAGCCUACAAAGGUCAAAGCUGAGGAACCCGAGGAUAAGUUGGAGGACGAGGCACCUGUGGUGAAAAGGCAGCGAAAGACCCGCCCCCGGAUUGAGGACGAUGACGAAGAAGAUGAGGUCAUGGCUGAUGCAGAGCCGACAAAACCCAAGAAGCAGACUACUCCUAGGAAAAGAUCACCCAAAAACCCCUCUACCAAGACAACACCAAUCGCCGCGAAGAAAGGUACACCCUCACCUAAGAAAGGGGAUGCAGAUAUUAAAGAAGAAGCAUCAGAAUCCGCAUCCGAGGUAGAGAAGGAAGAGUCCGAUGAAGAGAAGCCGGAGGUUGCAGCGAAAGCCCGAGAAAAGAUCCAGACUAAGCUUCAGGGCAAGACGCAAGACCCAUAUCCCGAUUGGAAACCUGACACACCGGUGCCCUAUGCCGCGUUAUGUACAACGUUCUCCCUCAUAGAACUUACAACAAAACGACUCAUAAUCACCGAAUAUUGUGCUUCGUUCCUCCGACAAGUACUACGUUUGACCCCCGACGACUUUCUUCCAACAGUGCUAUUGAUGAUCAACAAAUUAGCCCCUGAUUAUGCCGGCAUUGAGUUGGGUAUUGGCGAAUCACUCAUCAUGAAGGCUAUAGGCGAGACUACGGGACGGAGUCUACAAGUAAUAAAGGCGGAUCAAAAAGAAAUUGGCGAUCUAGGUCUUGUUGCAGUGAAGAGCAGAUCAACUCAGCCUACCAUGUUCAAACCUAAACCAUUGACAAUCAGAGCUGUGCACAAAGGUUUGAUGGAUAUUGCAACCGUGACUGGGAACGGUGCUCAAGGAAGGAAAGUCGACGGAAUCAAAAAGCUGUUGUCAGCUGCUGAUGCCCACUCGACCGGCAAGGUCGAUAUUCAGAAGGACAAGGGAGGGCCCAGCGAGGCCAAGUACCUAAUUCGGUUUCUCGAGGGAAAGCUGAGACUAGGGUUAGCAGAGAAAACGGUUCUCGUAUCCAUAGCACAAGCUAUAAUAUGCCACGAGGCGGAGCAAAAAGGGGGGGUACCCAGCACCAAGGAGAUAGAACAAGCAGAAGCUAUGUUGAAGACUGUAUACAGUGAACUUCCCAGCUGGGAUGUCAUUAUCCCGGCAAUGGUCAAGAACGGCAUCAUGAGGUUAAAAGAGACUUGCAAACUCCGCCCAGGGGUGCCUUUGAAGCCCAUGCUUGCGAAACCUACAAAGGCAAUCACGGAGGUUUUGGAUCGUUUCGAAAAUCAGACAUUUACUUGCGAGUAUAAGUACGAUGGUGAGAGAGCACAAAUCCACUAUGUCGCCAAAGACUCUUCGGAUGAGUAUAUCGAUGCUCUUCCUGGUGCCACAAAGGAAGCUGCCAAGGGGGUUGCGUCCAUUUUCUCGAGAAAUUCGGAGGAUUUAUCCAAGAAAUAUCCCGAUAUUCUUGCAAAGCUCAAUACAUGGGUCAAAGAUGGUACCAAGAGUUUCGUUCUAGACUGCGAGACAGUAGCCUGGGAUGUUGAUGAGAAGAAAGUCCUUCCCUUCCAACAAUUAAUGACUAGAAAGAAGAAGGACGUCAAGCUGGAAGAGGUGAAAGUCAAAGUCUGCGUGUUCGCAUUUGACCUGCUAUUUUUGAAUGGGGAUCCGGUAGUCGAAAAGCCGCUCCGAGAACGUCGCGAGUUGCUUUACGACGCCUUCCAGCCAGUAGAAGGCGAGUUUUCUUUUGCAACUCAUAUGAAUGGCAGGGAGCUCGAGGAGAUCCAGACAUUCCUAGACGAGAGUGUCAAGGCCUCCUGUGAGGGUCUGAUGGUCAAGAUGCUUGACGGCUCGGAGAGUGGAUACGAGCCUAGCAAACGAAGUCGUAAUUGGCUCAAGAUCAAGAAAGACUACCUGUCGGGAGUUGGUGACUCCCUUGACCUUGUUGUACUCGGUGCCUACUACGGCAAAGGCAAGCGUACCUCGGUUUAUGGUGCUUUUCUCCUCGCAUGCUAUAACGCGGCGUCUGACACCUACGAGACGAUUUGCAAUAUUGGUACCGGGUUUUCGGAACAGGUCCUUGAAGAACUUCACAAGCAACUCUCUGAAAUUGUCAUCGACCGGCCCAAACCAUUCUACGCGCAUUCGUCAGGUGGGCAGCAUCAGCCAGACGUCUGGUUCGAACCUCGCUACGUCUGGGAAGUCAGAACUGCGGACUUGACGCUCAGUCCUCGAUAUAAAGCUGGAAUAAAGGAGAAUGUCGACCCAUCCGGUGAGAAGGGAAUUAGUUUGCGAUUUCCAAGAUUCAUCAAGCUUCGAGAUGACAAGAAGCCCGACGAGGCAACGAGUAGUCGUCAAGUGGCAGAGAUGUACAGGAAGCAAGAAAGUGUAACGAAAAACAAGGGACCGUCCGUGGAUGAUGAUUUCGAGUACUAAAGGGGCUAUUGAUGAUCUCGCUGAUGAUCUGGGUGUGCAAUAUAAUUACUUACGAGGAAUGACUACGACGAGAGCUGCUAUUUCAAUGGCUGUUUGAUUCGAUCUGCAGGCUUCCGCGAGGUGCAGAAGUGUACCGAAAUAAUAUUAGGUAGCCCU